AUGAAUUCUACAUAUAAUAUUACAUGCAAUGCAUCUAUACCUGAAGCAACAUAUGUUGAUGCAGCACCACCAAUUCCACCAAUUUAUUUACAAGGAACUGCUGCUAUUGUCUAUACACUUUUAAGUAUUCUUACUGUUGGCGGUAAUGCACUUGUAUGUUUAACUGUAUUUCAUUAUAUGGGUGUGACAACUGUUACAAAUUUAUUUAUUGCAAAUUUAGCUGUCACAGAUCUUUUUAUUGGGUUACUAUGUAUUCCAAUAGUUCUAAUUUCUGAUUAUCUUUUAUCUGAUUGGCCAUUUGGAAUAUUUAUGUGUAAAUUUACAUCAGUUGCACAAUCCGUAUUUGUAGUUUGUACGGUUUAUACUUUAAUAGCGAUGUCAGUUGAUCGUUAUGUAGCAAUAAUUUAUCCAUUAAAACCCAAAUUAAGACGAAGAGAUUGUCGAUUAUUAAUUAUUAUACUUUGGAUAUUUUCAAUUUUAUUUAGUUCACCAAUAUUUUUCGAAAUGCAUAUUAGUCAUAUAUGUUUUCAUCGAGAUUUAAAUGAUUUAAAAGAAUAUACUCAAACAGUAUGUCAAACAAAUGGAUUAUAUCCAUCUAUUCAAACUAUCUAUAAUAUAGCUACAUUAACAAUAAUUUAUUUUAUUCCAUUAAGUGUUUUAUCAAUGGUUUAUAUACGUCUUGGUUGGCAAUUAAAUAAAAGUCAUGCACCAGGCGAAGCUGAUUCAGAACGUGAUGCAAGAAUUAAGAAAUCCAAACAAAAAGUUAUUAAAAUGUGUUUUAUUGUUGUUAUUAUGUUUGGUGUUUGUUGGUUUCCAAUGCAAUUAUAUAUAAAUAUAUUACGUCCGUAUCUCGAUCAAAUAUUUGAUCAAAAAUAUGUACCUCAUUUUUAUUUUGCUUUUCAUCUUAUGGCUAUGAGUAAUUCAUGUAUUAAUCCAUUUAUAUAUGGUGUUAUGUCAUCAAAAUUUCGUGCAGGUUAUUUACAUUAUUGGCAUUGUUGUAUUACAUGUGGUGGUUUAAUAAAUGAUCAUCUUAGACAAAAACAUCAUAUUAAUAAUGGUAUGAGAUUAUCAGGAACAUUUCGACGAACAAAAAGACCAACAUGUGAAAUAAGUGUUACAAAUAAUGAACAUAUUGAUCGUGAUCGUGCAAGUUCUAUGUCCGCUCCGUCUAUGAUUCCAUUAAUGGCUUCACAUAAAACAUCAACAUGUAGUUAA